AUGUGGCCUGAUGACAUAGGGAGCCAAGUGGGCUCCCAGCUGUCACGUCCCGUUACCUACGUCAUCACCUCCUUCCUCUCCAUCGCUCUCUAUAAUGUCGUGGAGCUGACCUUCAUUCUGUUGCUGACGUUCAAGCGCCGCAAGGGGCUAUACUUUUGGAGCUUCGUCGUCGCUACUUGGGGCAUCGCCAUUUACUCCAUUGGAUUUAUCCUCAAAGACUUCAAUCUUGUCGACAAUGCCAUCUCCUACUUCUAUGUCACGCUGAUCGUGACUGGCUGGUGUGCCAUGGUCACCGGCCAGUCGAUGGUGCUGUACUCUCGUCUUCAUCUCGUCGUGCGGCAUCAUAUCAUGCUCCGGUUCAUCCUUGGCAUGAUUCUCUGCGAUGUCUUUCUACUCCAAGUUCCAACUAUCAUUCUAUGCUACGGUGCAAAUUCAUCUACCUCCGAUAGAUUUGUGCUACCAUACGCCAUAUACGAACGGAUUCAAGUGACCGUUUUCUUUAUUCAGGAAGCCAUAAUAUCCGGCGUUUACGUAUACGAGACGUUCAGAUUGCUUCGCUCGGAAGAUGAGAUCUUGGAAGGAACACACCGAGAGGCUGCCCGGAGGCUGAUGCUGCACCUGAUUCUCAUGAACAUUAUCGUCAUACUCUUGGAUAUCGCAAUUCUGGUCCUUGAAUGGGCGGGUCGGUAUGCGUCGCAAACAGCAGUAAAGGGGUUCAUCUACAGCGUUAAGCUGAAGCUGGAGUUUGACAUCUUAAACCAACUGGUCACGUUCGUAUACCACUCUCACAUAUCGAAUUCGGCCAAUUUGGAGGGGGAAAGCUCAUCGAGGAACUUCUGGGAUAUCAAUCAACAAGCUGAGCAAAAUAAUGCUCCCACGCGUCAUCCUCAUCCUAGGCAUUGUGCGUGGGCCGACGCGGCUAACAGGAUUAGACGUGAUUUUACUAUCUCGGCUGAGAAGAAGAUGAUCAAGAUAAUCCAAUCUGCCAGAAAACAAUCUAGUUCCAGCGGUUCCCCACAAGACGCAGAUUCGGAUCGUCCGGCAUGA